AUGGCCUCACCCCUUGGGGGAAAGCCCUCUCCGCCCCGGGCGGAGUCCGCCCGCUACGAGGAGGCGGCGACGGUCCGCGUGGAGACCUCGUCCCACCGCGUGGAGACGUCCUCCCGUCAGGUGCGGAGGUCUUCCCGGCAGGUGGAGACUACGCAGCGCCGCAGCUAGGGGCGCUCCGUCUCCCUCUCUGGGAAACGGCUCCCUCGCGUCUUCGAGGUGUCAUACCAGCACGUGGAAACUGCCUCUCAGCGCACGGAGACGGCCUCCCGCCGCGUCAGGGCCUCGUCUCUGCGGGUGGAGACGUCUCUGCACCGCGUGGAGAGCCCGCCGCGGCGGGAGCAGCCGGCCGCUCGCCAAAAUGUCCAAAAGGCCCGAUGA